GUGUUAUUUAUUUGAAAUGAAAAGGGAAUUUUACAUUUUUUUUAAAUGUGCAAUGAGCGAUACCUCGUUUUGGUAACGGUACAACAUACAAAAAUAAAAAUAUUAAAAUGUAAAUUUAUAAUGAAAGCUGCACUCUAUGUUUUUCAAUAAUAAUGAAAACUCGGCUUGAAUGUAAGCGUUUGAAACUUAAGAAACCAGGAACUAACUCUACAGAAAAUGUGUCAGAUCCUGCAAUGCGCUCGCCACAGAGGCUAAAGACUCCAAAACCGCGGCGAGUUGGUCAGCAGUUUGUAGAGACGCCCGGUCGAGAUGAGUUAAUCUUCUCGCAGCAUUUCGACUCACAAGCACUUGUGGGCUGGGACUGUAACUCACCAGAUGUUCUAAGACGCAUAAGCAAGGAAACUGAUGGCAGUGAUGUAACAGAUUUGCUGAAAUUGAUUGGCAAUGAUGAUGAGUGUGUCGAUGAGGCCCGUCCAAGCAACCGGAGUACUCCACCCCUGCUGGGGGUGUGGAGGGAAGGUGGAGGAGGGGAGCCCAACAACAACAACUCCAGCAACAUUCCCAGCAGGCAGCACAGAAAGGGUCGGUUUCGCAAGAGGAGUGGAAAGGACUCGGCUGUGUCUAGAGAUCUGUUUGAGAAACUGUCAUUGGAACUGGAAAAGUGUACAGAGGUUACACAUGAGACUGAAGAAGUUGCAGAGAAAAAUCAGGAGGAAGGAAUGCAACCAGGUGCAAAUACUUCUAGUGAUCUCUUUGAUAGUGCCAAAUCCGAACACACCAAAACCCUAACAGCUGAUAUUACUGGUCCAGUUCUUGCAAUAAAUAAAGCUUGUACCAAUGAAAAACAGCCUACUCGUAUUUCACCAAGAUUGUUAAGGAAAAAGGAAAGCCUGCAAAGUUUGGGGGACUUAUCAGAAGCUUAUAAUUCUGUUGAAAAAAGUAUUGCAGUUGGGGGUUUAAAUGAUGUUAGUAAGGGUGUUUUAAAUAAGCAAAAUGUAAAUGUUGGUAGCAAGGUUGGUUCUAAAGAGUCGAGUUUAGACGCAACUAAAGUCGUAGCUAUGUGCAGUGAGUUAAAUGAUGCAGUAGUUGGUAGGAAGGGAAGUUCUAAAGAGCUUAGUUUUGAUGCAACUAAAGUUGCAGCUACGUGCAGUGAGUUGAAUGAUGCAUUAGGUGUUCACAGUGAUGAGGACUGGAGUGAUGAUGACCUGUUUGAGGAGGACUCGUUCAUUAUCAAGGCCACCCAACUGCCUGCCAGGGACAGGACACCCACUGUGUUCCGGCUGAAGAGGAAGUCUUCCAAUGCAGGUGAGGUUCCCAAGAGCAAAGUCUCCAGAUAUUCAUUCCAACUGGAGGACAAAAAAGCGGCUGCAAGUUCUACCAACCUGUCUUCUAACAGGUUUACUGCUCUUCAGUCAAUGACCAAAACUGCUUCAGCUGUUCUUGCUUCUUCAAGUUCUAAACCAAAUGCUGUGACACAAUCACAUGCAUCAUCUGUUGUUUCAUCGAAAGCAGGUGUAGUUAUAUCAAGAACAGUAGCCAAGCCUGCAAUUUCCAAACCCUCUGCACUGCCACAUUCUAUCAUCAAAAUAAAUGACUCUGUCUUAGCGAGCCCAAGACCAGCUCAAAACUUUUAUUCGAAUAGAGGCAACCAAUCAACAGUUACAAGAAGUGAGUCUAGAACUGUACGAAAUCUCAGUUCUCAGAUAGGUAACACUACUAGUAGCUCAACUUCUGUGACACAUACAGGUGUGACAUACUCAGGUGUGACACACACAGGACAGAGUAUUUCUAACAAAGCUUCUACUUACAAUACUGUUCAUCCAUGUAGUACAAUAUGGCCUACCACUAACUCCCACCAGGCAUUAAAUGCCCAAAGUUUACUGAAUCGAUCAAACUCAUUCAAGAAGCACAACAGUUUUACUGCGACUGAUAAAGACAGUUCAGCUGCUCAGAACGCAAGACGUAGGUCCAUUUCUGGGGGCGAUAACAGUUACCCUAACAACAGCGCUGGAGUGGGCACAAGAAUGAGUUAUCCCCUUAAUACAAACCCGCCCUGUCAGACAUAUACAGCACAAAAAGCUGGGAUUUUAAAUAACACACAGUCUAGGUUUCAAAAUAAAACUAAUGUGCAAUCAAGAAUAGCUGGCAAUGUGUCGGUUUUUAAUUCAAUAAACUCAUCAUCUAUAUCUUCGUUCAGUUCAGCCAUAGCUUCUAGUCCCCAAAACAAAGAUUUGACUGUGAUGAACUCUAGUUUGUUAAACUCCACGUUUGACACCAGCCUAAGUGAUGAACUCUUGUGCACGCUGGCAGAACCAGAUGAGUUCUUGGACUCUCAACCGAAUACUAAACAUGUGGGUGCUGUGAAAGGUCAUGUGACAACUAGCAAGACUUUGACCACUGCUGAAGCUUCAGUUGCUAGUUUGACUGGUUCAGUGUGCCCAAACACUGGUGCUUCUACAACAUGUGCCUAUACAACAAAACAGAUUUCCCAUUCUACUACCACUACAAGUACCACAUCAGCCAGUGCUUCCAAUACUGUUACCCAAGUUACCGGAAGGCCCCAUACAGUUGCCAGUACUAGCCACUCAGCCUUGAUCCAUAAGAAGGCAGUUAAAGGUGCCUCAUCAACAAACACUGGAGCCCAACCAAGGCAGUUCAGAUUUAGUCAGCGACAAGGUCCGCCAGCUGCCAGCAAAACUGGCGGUUGUGAGACUGUCACAUCGACUGCCACUGUACCUUCUUUUGCUGUGCCAGUCAACACUGUGGGACCUGCAAAACCAUAUAAUGUGCAGGCGGCUCUAAACCAGUGUAGUGAAGACCUGUUUGAUGAUGAUGAUGAUCACAUGCUGUUGAGUGAUGAUGGGUUGACUGAGCCACAGGUGCUUGCAUUACUGGAUGAGGUCGAAUUUCAAGCCACCCAGCAGUUGUCAAGACAAUCAAAGGCUGUAAGCUCUAAGACAUCUAACCAGGGGAUAGAGAUAGAUGCAGGGGAACCAACCAAUCAGGAUCAGGGUUAUGGAAGUAGUCAGGAAUUUCCUAACAGUCAGGGGGGUAUUAAUAACAGUCAGGGAGGAAAUACUAACAGCCAAGAAAAAAAUAGUUAUAACCAGGGUGUAAAUAGUAACAGCCAGGGACAUGUAGGCGAGGGAGUGACAAGUAACAGCCAGUCUGGUGCUAAUGGAAAUGAUGGAGUGAGAAGUACGCAAACAAAAUAUUCACCUGCUGAAAUAGAAAAGAAGAAACAGUUGGCCCUGCAAAAACGAUUGCAACGACAAAAUGUGCACAGUUGAAUGAAAUUUGAAAUGUACAGUGUUAAUAUAAUUAACUUCAAUUUAUUGUGUGCAUUGUAAAAGAUUCAAGUUAUUCAGACAUAUUUGUGGCUGAUUUUCCUUUUUUUCAAAAAUAUUGUUGAUACAGCUUACAAAGAAAAGUGACAUGCUUAUGGUGCAUAACUGGACUUAUAUCUUGCUACUCAUUGUCAAAGUUAUCAAUGUGAAUGAAUGCAUCUUAUUAGCAUCAUUAUGGGUUGUUGUUUUUUCGACUAUAGGUUUAAUGAGUGAGCUUUUGUGACUGUCUUUUUUCCUUUGUUUGACCCACUACAUGCAUCUUCAAUAUUUGCCUUGUGAACACUCUUAGACAGCUCAUUAAUUGUCCAAUCGUAAUGACACAUAAUUAGAACAUGUGUAUUUAUGAUAUAUCAUGGCUGAAACUGGGUCGCAUGGGGUAAAAAAUACUGGGUCAAAUUAAAGAAAAAGCUUUUUACUAUUCUGGAAAUCACAUUCUUGCUAUAUUGUCAUGAAACUUGAUCCGAAAAUGUGUUUCUAAGCUA